AUGAAAGGCACCCUGGGCACGCCCCCCUGCUCCAAUGCGACCAACGAUCAAAAGUGGAACUUUGAGAACGGCUACAUUGUGAGCCAGAAUGACGCCAAGUUUUGCAUCGACGUGGACGUGCACGAGAGCUGCCAAACGACCCCCAACGGGAACCUCGUUGUCAAAAUGUCCCCGUGUAACGUUACCAACAAGAUAACGACUCUGCCGAUAAUCUCGGACCUUGCACGCAUCGAGCUCAUCGAGUUUGGCAUCAAGACGGACGGCGUGCUGACCGAGUUGUCCGGCAAAGUGACGUGGCAAACAACCCGCCAGUUGGACAAGGCCCACCACUAG